AUGGAGCUCUCUUCACGAGCGGUUGGAUUUUGUGCUACGCUCUUCAUCCUCCCGUCAUCGACCUCGCCGUCAUCCUCUUCACCCUCCCAGAAAAUAUCCGCCAUGGACAGCACAAGGCCAUUCCUCUACUUGCUCCAAUUUUUGGUCAUCAACGAGACAAGCAGAAGUUUCGCUCCUCGACCAAAUCGUCCCUCCUUCCUUCAGCCGCCGUCAACACAUUCCUCUCUCCAACCUCCCCGACCCGGUCCAGUUUAUGAAUAUACCUUCAAGGCAAACGACGACGACCCAAACAAUCUAGUGCAGCAUCUUGUGCUGCUUGAAACCAUUCUCGACUUUAUAUCCCUCGAUGCUCGGCUGAAAAUGGCCACUUGCUCAACCCACCGAUUCGUACCCACGGUUCUUUGCCCUCGUUCAAGGAGAUGCGCAGGCUCGGAAUCAUCUCUAGCACCGACCCACCUGGCCCGCAGCAUGCUGUUCACUCUCUUGUGGGUCAAGCGCCACCGCCUUCAUGGUCCUCAGAUCAUGGUGCAGCUGUUAGGCAUGGGCUUGUGGCGUCUUGUGCUGGAAUUGUAUUUGGAGGAGGAGCCACUGGAGGAUCGACGAGUCAGAGUCAUCAUGGCGGAGUGCUUGGACGCGGUACUCUCCUUCUUGCCCUCUCGGCGGGUGAAAGCCGCUUUGGUCACCGCAGGGCGUGCAGUGCCCAAACAGCUCCACGAUCGCUUAGACGAUCCUGGAUUCAGCGGGCAUGAAUUCUGGGAUAGGUGCGUGAGCACCAUCGGGAUACACGAGUCGUUCGAGCGGCCUCCGGUCAUGUGCUGCAAUCUACGGCACCUUGAUAAAACUCAUGGCAGGACACCGGCACCCCUUCCCGAGCCAAAAGCCUGUUCUCGAUGUUUGUGCGUUGUUUACUGCUCCACGGAAUGUCAGACGGAGGACUGGCUAGCCAUUCAUCGUUUCGAAUGUGACGUGUUCCGCUCGGAGCGUAAGGAAGUCCAGGAAGAAGAUCUAUGGAUCCGCCACGCAACCCGGUUCCACUUCCUCCGCGUCGCGCAAAUCUACCUCCGGGAGAGCAACAUUAACAAGGAAAUGCUGCAAAGGGAGAAGAUGUCCGAGUCAUCAAGUGACAUCCUGGUGAAUCCGACAGUCCACACAGCGUUCUCAGAGAACGCGCUGAUUCACCCUUUCAACGAAGUAGCUCCCGCCAGUCAAGUUCGUGGACGUCUGGAGAAGCUGAGGUUUUGGUCGGCGAAAAGGUUCGAUGCUGUUGUCGCCGCGGUACGGGAAAGAGAGGGGCUUUCGAUGGUCGCGUUUAGGUUCCAGUAUGGGGCGCUUGCGCUGCACGUCUUGUGUUUGGCUGAACUUGAUGGGAAUACGAGUGUACAUCGGUUUUCGGUUGGAACGGUUCAGAUUGAGUAUAAAGACGAAGCGAGCCGGAGGGAUGUUACCAUCGUUGAUGAGUGA